AUGGAUGUUUUCUCGUUCUGGUUCAUUUUGGCCUCAUAUUCGGUUAAAGCAUUUGCUCAGCAAUGUAAGUUGACGCAACGAUCUGAACAUGGCUUAGUUCUCCUUGAUCACGUGUUCAAAUCAUUCGCUGUGGAUCGGUUGGCUUCGUGUUAUAUUGCCUGCAAUUCACAACCUGCGUGCCAAAGUCUUAACUUCAGGCUAAGUGACAAAACUUGCCAGUUUAACAAAGAAACUAAGAUUUCCUGCCCGGCUUGUCUGAAGCAGAAUGAAGGGUUUAUUUAUGCUGAUAACCCAGAUAGAGGUGAGAAUAUCCUUAAAACAAAUUUUUUUCCCUUGUUAUUUCGACAACUGAAGAAAUUGGAAGACAUGAUUUCUAGGGACUUGGUUACGUAAUGAGUCCACUUAAUUCUAAGGUCUCAAGUAUACGUAAUUAGUCUGCGUCAUUCUGUCAAAUAGCAAACUUCAAACGUUAAAUUUGCUAGAAUCUAACCUAUCGUCAAAUGGACCUAUUUCUAAGAGCCAAACGGCAUAAAAACUGCCCAAUUAAGAACACCCUUUACUUAUGGUAUUAUCAAAACUUUUGCUUGCUUGUCAUCAACUGCAGAUUAAGAUGUAAAGCGAUCAAUACGUUGUAACAAGUACUUUCAUUCAUAAAUGUUAAUUGUGUUCUCUUCAGUUGUAAUAUGUUGAUUACGCAUGCAAAGUAUAAUGAUUUGUUUGCGUAUUUUUCGUUACAGCUUUACUCGGGUCAGUUCCCUUCAGAGCUGCAGAGUCCUGUCGACAUAUCAUUCAGAGUGGAGAUUCCACUGGGAAUGGAGAGUACUGGGUCGACCCACAAGGGAAUGGAAACUCCUUCAAGGCUUUCUGUGACAUGACAAUUGAUAGAGGUACCUUGCGGUUUUUAUUUUGCUUUCAAAUGUUGGUUUUUUUUCUUUGUUCUUUAUAGAGCCAGGGUUUUUUUUAAUUUAUAGGAGGCUGGAUGAUAGUGUUAAACAUUAUUUUAGCAAGCUCUCGAUCUUCAUGGUGGAAUGGCACCGCUGAACAAACGUUUCAAGGCAUGCGUAACUACGGAAACGGCAAAAUGGCUAUAACCAAAAGCGCUAUGAACCAACUAAGAGCGUAUAUAAACUUUACCCAAAUAAGAUUUCACUGCAGCAAAAGAAAAGGAACAACAUUCCACGUCAGAACGACUCUGAACAGCAAAGGUGCUGAAGUGGUGCGAUAUUUCAGCGGGGAAAGAGAUGAGAUGCCAGACUCGUGUGACUCCUUCGUCCGUAUGGAUGACGAUAACUCAAGACUGGCACAGAAUUGUGCGAUAUGGGCAUAUGAUGGUAAGUGGGGACAUGUCAGCCAUAAUGUUGGAGAGAAUCGUCUGUACAACUACGCAGCAUUUGUGGCCUUGAGUUAU